UCCCAUCCUCCGUAACUCGUUUAGAGAAGCAGGGUUUGUUAAGAAGCCGGACCGCUGGUAUUAACUCACACAGCGCCGCUUACGUUUGUAAAACCGGGAUUUCUGCGCACUGAAAAUGCGUUUCAGAGCUUCGCAAAAGAUGAAAGCUGUUUUAAUACAGUUUUUAGUAUUAUUACUGGGUUGCCUUUUUAUUUCUGUACAAGCAAACGUGUCGUGUCCCAGUGGACAGUUUGCUUUUAAAAACCGCUGCGUCUUGUGUCAUCCCACCUGCGCCGAGUGUGAGGGCCACGAACUCUUCCAGUGUACCGCAUGUGGCUCGGAUGAGGAUGGGAGGGAGCGCUUCCUGUACCAAGGCCACUGCAGAGCCCACUGCCCGCGGGAGUUCUACCAUGAUCGAGCUCAGUACACCUGCCUGCCCUGCAUUGCCAACUGUGAGAUCUGUGUGGAUGGCAACAUCUGUGCCAAGUGCAGGGAAGGAUAUAAAGUCCAGAGUGGCCUCUGUCUGCCAGUGCCAUGUGGUGUGGGUCAGGUCCAGGAUCCAGGCUCAGGAGAAUGUAUUGACUGUGAGACUGGCUGUAAGACCUGCUCUGCUGAUGACCCAGAGUACUGUAAGAGCUGCACAGAUGGCUACUUUCUGUACAGGCACCAGUGUCGCCAUCACUGCCCCCAGAGGAGCUAUGAGGAGCCAAGUAGGGGUGUGUGUCUCAGCUGCCCAGAGUCCUGCUUAGACUGCAGGAGUGAGACGCUCUGUCUGACAUGUCAGACAGGCCACUUUCUCCACAAUGGAGCCUGUGUGAAUGAGUGUCCCCAGGACAUGUUCGGAGAUGCCAGAGGAUGGCGCUGCCAGCCCUGUCAUGCCUCAUGUCUAACCUGCCAUGGCCCAGGAGCUAGAGACUGUGACAGGUGCAAUGGCUGGAACCAUCCCAUUUAUGGGACGUGUCCCAUCAUCAGAUGCCCUGAGGGCCAGUUUUUUGAUAGUGGGACUGAUGACUGCCGUUAUUGUGACGUGUCCUGCAGGACAUGCUCUGGUCCAACAGUGCAACACUGCGAAACAUGUGCAACUGGGUAUAUGUUGGAACAGCAGGAGGCAGUGUGUGUACAGCACUGUCCAUUAGGGUUCUAUGGGAACAGCUCCAGUCUUCAGUGUGAGAGGUGCUCCACUAACUGUGAGGCAUGUGAAAGUGGAGACCAGUGUUUGAGCUGUAAGAGUAGCUCAUAUCAGCUCUUUCUGUUCCAGGGCAGCUGCUGGUCAGAGUGUCCAGAUGGUUAUUUUGAGACAGAAAAAGGGACAUGUGAGCCUUGUGAUGACAUCUGUUUGACCUGUGAUGGGAGCAGAACUCAGUGUCUUGAAUGCAGAGAUGGUCUUUUCCUUGAAAACAGCAUGUGCAGAGAUAACUGCUCAGUGAGGACCUAUGCUGCUGAGGAUGGCACAUGCAGACGCUGUGGCCCUCACUGUGACACCUGCACUGAUACCAGUACAUGCACCAGAUGUACUUUUCUUUACCUGCUUUUGAAUGGCAUGUGUAAAGCCAGCUGUCCAGAGGGUUAUUUUGAAGACUUGGACCAGGGUGUGUGUGUGCAGUGCCAUGAGUCAUGUGCUACAUGCUCUGGGCCUCUCUCAGAUGACUGUGAGAGCUGCUCCACUUUGGCACCGAAGCUGUAUGAAGGCACAUGCUCAGAGGAGUGCCCUAUUGGCACCUAUUACCAAACCACCAGCAUGGAGUGCCAGGAAUGCCACCAGACAUGUGCAUUGUGUAUAGGCCCAGAGCCCACCCAGUGCACACGGUGUGUGAAAGGUCUAGCCCUGGACCCCAACACCAUGAUGUGUGGUGUGACCGGAGACUCAGACUGCCCACCCAGAACCUUCCUCCAUGCCAAUCAGUUCACAUGCCAGGCAUGUCAUCGUCACUGCCAGUCCUGUGAGGGCCCUGGACCUACAGAUUGCCAGACCUGUGCCCUGCCCCAGUAUCUCCAUAAUCGCUCUUGUGUGACUGAGUGUCCGGUUGGCACGUAUAGUGCCCACGAGGAAGCUGAUGGCGUUGAGCUGGGGUUCUGUAUGCCAUGUGAUCAUGUGUGUGCCACAUGCUCUGGAGCAUCUCCUAAAGACUGUCUGAGUUGCUCUCCUGGUUAUUUAGACCUGCUUUCACAUCUGUGUGUCCGCCAUUGUCCAACGGGGUACUACAGUACAGGCCACCAUUGUGAGAAGUGUCAUGUGUCCUGUGAGAUGUGCUCAGGCCCGGGACCAGAUGCCUGUAUAGUGUGUGUCCCACCUCAGCUGGAGCUUCAGGGCACCAGGGUGUGUGUGGAGCGGUGCCCUCCCCGUUUCUACCAAAGCACACAUACCUGCUGGGAGUGUCACACUAGCUGCAAGACCUGCACAGAUAACACACCUCAGAGCUGUCUGACGUGCGACUGGGGCAGUAUCUUACAGGAAGGGGUGUGUUACCCUCGCUGUGAAGAAGGCCGCUACUACUCUCAAAAUGAGGUGUGUGAGGCCUGUGAUGAAUCCUGCAAGCAUUGCUCUGGGCCUGGUCCUGAGAGCUGUGUGACAUGUCACACGGGUUUUGGACUGCAUGCUGUAAACCGCCGUUGUGUGCGUUGCUGCCAAUCUGACGGACCGGCCAAGAACUGCUGCCUCUGUCACUCGGCUUCAGCUUUGUGUUUGGAGGCUCCAGUGUCACCACAUACCCAGGUUGAGGAUGAUGAGAUGAAUCUGAGGUCUCGGGUAUACCAGCACACAUCUGCCGCCCUGCCUGCUGCUCUGAUCUUGGCUGUAGUCCUUGCACUGGGCAUCUUUGCAUUGACACAGGCCCGUGCCAGGAAGAGGCUGUGCUGGAGACAGAGUUAUGAGAGGCUGAGCGGGACGGCGGGUGCCAGGCCUGAUCCACGCCCCAUGCCUCAUGGAGUACCCGAGCCUGAGGACAGCGGAGAUGAUGCAGACGUUGUGUAUACAAGUCGAGAUGGAUCCAUCUAUCGCAGGUAUGGAUUCAUACACAAACCUGAGCCUGAGGAAGAGGAGGUGGAUGAAGCCAAUGAGAACACAAUCCUCAAUCGAGCAUAAAGAGAGCAAAGGGCAUGUUGAGAUACCCUUCGAGAUUGGGAUCCGGAUAGUUCCAAAUUUUAUAUUGCAGUUUACUUUUUUCUCAGUAAAAUGAAGGUUAGCAUGCAUCAUCUCUCAAUGUAAAAUAUUUUAUAUGUAAGAAACACCUAUAAUACACGCUUUUUUUAAUGAAUGGUUAGUUAAAAAAAACUUUAUAGCAUGCAAUACAUUUGAAUCUGUAAAUAAGUAGCUAUUAGUGAAAGUUUAAAAUUGAUAGCUGUAGUAAAUCAUCUGUCGAACUGUGUUUAAAUGAACAAAUAGAAAACAAUAUUCUUUAUAACUCCAGUUUCAUAACUGAGUGUUUCCAAGGAACAGGACACUUUCAUGAGUGUCCUGUUCCUUGGAAAAGACAUAUGCAAGUUUAUCAAGUGGCAUGUUUGCUGCUUUGUAAAUAUAGCUGUAUUUGUUAAAUUGCUUAUUGAAUUGCCAGUUCAUAUUGUAACAAAUAAUUUGUAAUGUUCCAUUUGUAUAAAUAUAACAUGUAAUUCAGAUAAAAUGCCUUUUAAGUCUUUAAAGUGUUUAAUAAAUAAGUGUUUAAUACUUUAAACACUUGCAUUGUGUCAUUUCUAUAGUACAGUGUUAAGCACUAU